AUGGCCACGGCCACAGCAGCACCGCCAGCACCAGCACCCGCACCCGCACCCGCAACAGCAGCACCAGUACCAGCAGAUGGUGGUUUCGAAGCUGCGGGCCAUGCCCCGACUCUGAAUCCCACACAGCUCUCUUCUGCUACGGUAUCCGCAUCCGCGUCCGCGUCCGCGUCUCCUUCAUCCUCAUUCUCUUCGCAAAGUGCUGUUGCAUUCCAUACUCCCUCACUUUCUGCGACAUCUUCAGCAAAUUCACCUUCUUCACCUUAUCACGCACAUCGGCUGAGCCACAACUCGUCCAAGCUUCCCGCUUUUCGAUUCGCCGACUUACACAAGCAAUACCAAUCCCCACGCCUAGUGCUCCCCUCACUACUGCACCACAUCCCGCCGUCGCCUGUCUCGCCUAAAUCGACUCCAACAUCCAACGAAUUUCACUCGGCACCUGCGAUUGGCACUGCCACCGACACAAUCACUUUCACCGACACAGGCGCCCUCACUGACACUGACAUUGGCAUUGGCAUAACCACCGACACUGACACCGCCUCUCCCACCACCCUGCCAACAACGUCAGACUUGCAGCUGCACCACCAGCAGCCACAACAACACAACGUCGACCCGGAAAACAACAUCCCACCCCAAAACACCCACUCGACUUCACUUCGACUACACGAUCGGCGUCCCUCCCAUCGCCAAUUGUCCCAGCUCUCACCUCGGAUUUCGAGUCCUAUCCACGAACUGCCCGAGUCGCCUCCAAAACUCAGCCCUCGUUCCCGCGCAUCAACGUAUCAGGUUGCUACCCAGUCCACCCCUGCAGCUUCAGCCACCUCACCAAGACGGCCCGCGUCUUAUCCCGACCGCCCCGUCAUCGUGCAGUCCAUCUCAUCCCACAGCAACGUCGCAGAUCUCAAGACACCUGCUGCCCCUCUCUCCCGACUGCAAACUCGACGUGCGGCUGCAUACCGAUCCCGCGAGUCGAAUGCGACCGAUAGCGAGUCACCAUCCGCAGAUACCGAUCACUCGCAAGCCCCCGACACUCCCGACGACGUCGCUCAACCCCAAGGCGACAAAACAACAAAGGACUGGGCCAAGGGACAGCGUGAGCUGAUACUGCCAAAGACUUUGGAGAACGCAAGCCCGACAGAUGAAAAACGAAAGUCGAUAGCCUCGCGACCCCCCGUAUCCUUCAAAGCCACCACCGCCAGCACCCCGACCACCUCGGUGCGCGUGGCUCCCAUCCGUUCCUUUCGCUCAUCCGGGUCUCGUCGAAGUCUGGGACUUGACAGUAGCACCUCCACCAUGCGCUCUUUUGACUUUGGCGACGAGUACGCCGACUCCAAUCAGCGCGACCGCACUCUGCGCGCCCUUGAAGGACGACGCGACGAUGACUAUUCGCAAAUGACACCGCCGUUGUCAGCCGACGCCGACGACACGACCGGUGACGUCUUUAUGAAAAUCGCCAGACAGGAACCAACGCGCCGUGGCUCUAAAGAGGUUGCGCCAGCGGAGCAGCCAAGUGCCAUAAGUUUCGCCAUGGAUGAACGUGAGCUUACUGACGAUGAACAACAGGCCCGUGUCGCAAGAUCUUCGCAUCGCCGACCCCUCUCCGCUGCUGUUCCAUUGUCUUAUCAUCAUCCUGUAUCCCCACCCCAAAUCAGUCGCCGUCUGUCCGAUCAACAAGAAACCUCCAAGAAGAGAAUACGCCAAUCGUCAGAGGACGACAGCGCUGCUGACCCAAUGGCUCGCGCGUUGGCGUACCGAUCGCCUUUGACCCGAGACCGGCCUUCAUCCGCGCAUCCCGGCGAAGACCUUGGUCGCGUAAAGACAUUCCAUCAAUCUUCGUCUCGCUCAACCGUCAACACACCCCGGUCCUUUACCUUUCAGGAUCCGAUGGGAGAGAACUCUCCAUAUGCACGGAGAAGGCCUUCUUUGACAGACAGCAACACCGGCUACUCUGCGCGCAGCUCGGCGUACAGACAAUCCAACUUGUCAUAUGGCCAAACGCGUACGUAUAACUCUUCGCCAUUGGUUCCUAAAUCGAUAGAAGCACCACGCACCGAAACGCACCAAGACGCAGCAACGACAGUCGAGGGAACCGAAUCGACGGCGACAGCAUCGACAAACGCACCGUCGACAGUGUGGGAUGAAUUGGAUGAUCUCAAGUCCCGUAUCCAUCGCCUGGAAUUGACCGGCAAGUUACCCAAGACGUCGGGCGCCGCAAUGUCAAGAGCCUCAGACGAUCGCCCGCCGACCGCAACCAACACGACCAUGUCCACCUCGCCGAAACGAGCUUCCGAAAGCCAGCAUCCCCACACCGACGCCAUUAGCACGACGUCUUCACAACGCGAGGUCCAGCAACCCAUCCUUCUUUCUGCUGUCAAUAAGUCCAAGCCAUUCCUUAGUGAAGAGGUGGCCGAGGCACUCGAGGUGGCAGCAACAGACGCCCUGGCACUGGCCAACAUGAUGGGGACGGCAGGUCAGCCCGGGCCCAUCUCCAGCGGUGCCAGCACAAUUGGCGUCGGCACCAGCCUGACGGAUCGUCAAUUGCGACGCAAGGCUGACAGCAUCUGCCGAAGCCUUACAGAGUUAGUCCUGGCAUUGAGCGAAGAAGCGGCUGGCAACAAGACUCUCCAAGUCAACGUUCCUACACCAAAGGAAACGACGACACCAGUCACACCAACUAUCAACAAGACCUUCACCGGCGGAUCAUCUGGCCAGCGACGUCCUAGCAUAACGUCCGCCGAGCAGCAGACUCUCCCGAAGGCCAAUGCUACCACGGUCACGAGCCCGAGGGCCCUCUCAAAAUACGAAGAGAGGCGCAACACCAUGCUUAACCCGGUUUCGCUCCCCAGUCCCAGGUUUGCCCUUCCACCCGGCACCAUUCCUAGUACCCCCGGCGACAGCAGCAAAAUGGCGAACCGAAAGUCAUCCUUGUUCAUUGGCCGGUCGCGCCGUGCUGUUACCGAAGAGCCUGAGGAUGGCCGCAGGUCUUCUAUGCUGAGGACCCGACGAGCAGGCACAGAGGAGCCGGAGGAUUCACGCGAAGCAGCAGGCCGCGAGAAUGGACGUCAAACGUCACUUCUUCGCUCACGCAGGGGAACUGUGGGCGGCGAAGACGAAGAUGAAUCUAGAUUUCGCGCCCCGUCCCGCGCUGCUACAGAGCUCACCACACCGGCCCGCGCAGUCUCUCAUACCUACCUCUCAAACACCAACUCCAACGAACUCUCAUCACCAGCUUCUUCUGCCCUGCCUCGCAGACGGUUCGGAGCUUCCUCUAUCACUUCUCGGCUGGUUGCGCCUUCCACACCAUCGCUGGCGACGCGCCGAUAUCUGGAAAGAACUCCAGAACGCGAACAACCUUCGUCGGCUGAGAAAGUCACCGAAGAACGGCCGCAACAGGUUGUUGCGCAGCCGCGACACUUUUCUCUCAGUCACACUUCGUUGCUGAACCGGGCUAGCAGCAUUAGCCGCAGACCGAAUCGCGACAGCACGAUAACGAAUUCAUCAACGGCUGCUCAGUCGGGCAGUUACCGAUAA